UUUCAACGACUACUACUCUGCAACAGAUCAAGGUUGCUCAAUAGUUUGUGAAUUUGAUUUCUAUUGCAGGCUGAAAUGAACCUGAAAUCUUGUACAUAUAUCUGUAUUUUCACUUUCUCCUUUCAUAUAUGUUUCAGUAGGGAUCUGUGGUGUUGUAGAACAUCAUGGCUGCCUCCUCAACGGCGUCUGCUCAGGCACAGCAGAAGUUCAGCAAUAUACGACGGAGGCUGGAUCAGUUGGGCUACAAGCAGACCUUAGGAAUUGAAUCUCUGCCUCUUGUGGAAAAGCUGUUUGCAGACUUAGUUCAUACAACAGAAAGUUUGAAAAAUGCAAAGUUGGAGCUGUCUAAAAAGACUGAGGCAGACACGGACGUGGAGUCAGCCGUGGAGCCCUACAAGAGUGACAAUGCCAAGUUGAUAAGAGAGAACAAUGAGAUGCACAUGACGGUCGUCAAACAGAAAGAGGACAGUGACACAGCCAUAAGAGAACUGAAGGCGUCAUUGAGAGACCUGGAGCACAAAAAUGCAGAUCUGAAGUUCCUCAACAACCAGUAUGUACACAAGGUCAAGCAGCUGGAGCGUGAGUCCAAGGACAAGUCGGACACAAUACUCAAACUACAGGAGAAAAAUUUCCACGCUGUGGUGCAGACGCCCGGGGGAAGGAAGAAGAAGAUUCCGUUUAGACGACAACGAAUGGAAAUUGACCAAGCUGUCCCUGAGAACGGAGGUUUUGGGUUCAACAUCCCCCCGCCAGAUGACCCUUAUGUUGCUGACCUACUUCAGGUGGCAGAUGCUCGAAUAGCAGAGCUAGAGGCAGCUGUCCAGUCAGCAGCUGACCAGAAGGACGUCACAGACAGAAAACUACAGGGCUUCAGAGAGCAGGACGAGCUGGAGAAAUCUCGUCAUGAGCUGGAGGACAUGGACCUGACCCUCGCACAGUUCAAGGCCGAACAAAGUCGUCUGAUCAAGGAGCUGGGAGACUCGAGGGCACGCCUGUCGACACGGGAGGCAGACAACAUCCGGCUGGAGGGACUGGUGGACCGGGUCAGUGAGGAGAAAAAACGCCUGGUGCAGAGGGUCAACAAACUGACCGCUAAUGAGUGUGGUAGAGGAGAUGGAGUUGGCCAAACUGACACGUGAAAGGGAUGAGCUCAAGUCUCUUCUUGACAAGUUCGAGAGGCACAUGGCCGAGAUUCAGGCCAAUGUGAAGGUGCUCACCUGUGAGAGGGACAAGCUGAAUACCAUGUACGAGGAAACCAAAGACGAGCUUAUGAAAGUCCGUCGUGAGUUGAUCUCCUCGCCCAAACAAUCGAAGACAUCGCUUGCAGCUCAGGCCAUCCUGAGACGUAUCGAGAAUGAGCGAGACGAUGCGGUAGCUGACCUCAGACGUAUGACUACUGAGAGGGACAGUCUGAGGGAGAGGUUAAAGAUUGCCACUGAGACGUCACUGUCAGACCGUGCCAAACUGGAGCAGCAGGUGGAGGAUCUGGAGACCACUCUACACACGGCUUCUGGUGGAGGAGACGGAGAAGACGUUAGAGGACGCCACACGUCGUCUGACGCGUCGGGAGGAAGAGCUGCACAGCCAGGGCGAGAGGGUCAACUCACUGGAGGAGAGAGUCCUUGAUCUUCAGAGGGUCUCUCAGGUUCAAAAGGAAGAGAUUGACGUCCUGAGGACCAAUCUGUCAGCAAUGGAUAGAGAGAAGGAUGUACUCCAGUCAGCGGUGGAUGAGAAGACAGAGAAAAAUGCGCAGCUCAACAGUCACCUACAUGAUAGGGAAAGGUACAUCGGUGACCUCAAAUUGAGAAUAGGAGAAAUUGAGGCUCAACUAGAACACGCCAAUGAGAACCUGAACCUGAAGGAUCGGGAGCUGAAGAGCAUGCGUCGGCAGCUGGAGUCUGUCUCUGAGGAUCUGACGGAGACGUCCCGCACCAAGGACGUCACAGGACGGGAGAACCGGAGACUGCAGGACGACCUGGCGGUCAUGACCAAAGAGAACCAGAAAGUGAACCAGGAGCUGGAGGAUGUGAUGGAUGAGAAGGAGUCUCUGAAGACACAGGUGCAGCAGUACAUCCUGGAGGUGCGCAGGAUCGAGGACGCUCUCAGUGCCAAGGAACAAGAGAGGACAGAUCUGCUGGAUCAGUACCGCAAGUUGUCCGUGGAGGCAGAGCAGUACCAGACUGCCAGCCAUCAGCUGGAGAGUGAGGGUUCGAAUCUUCGUCUGGAGCUCAUGACCAAAGAUUCUGAGAUCCGGCGGUUGCGAGACAAAGUUGACACCUUGGAACGAGAGAUUCAGGAGCAUCUGCAAUCUCACCAAGCUUACGAGAUCCAGGUCUCGAACCUGACGCGCUCUGUGGCCAACCUGGAGGAGAACCUUCGUGUGACAGAGGACGACAAACAAGCGCUGCUGUCCGAUGUGUCGGCCGCCCGGGAACUGUGCUCUCGCCUGGAGACCACGAAGGAGAGCAUCAACAGGCAGCUGGCUGCGUCAGAGCUGGAUAAGGAGCAGUUCCAGAACCUAAUCACUGACCUGCGCCAGGAGUCGGAGCUGCUGCGCUCGCAGAUUGACCAAGAGCGUGACUCGGUAAAGAACCUAGAGGGUGUGCUACAGGACAACAGAGAGAAGGAGUUCCAAACCCAGCUGUCCACACAAGAGAAGAACACAGAGAUACAGAUGCUCAAGGACAGGCACUCGCUCAACGAGAGCAAAUUGCAAAGUCAGAGCCGUGAAGUUGCAUCUCUGCGUACGAGAAACGUGGAACUGGAGGGUGAUAUUGAACGCAUUAGACGACAGCUCACCAGUGAGAGGUUUGAGAGAGAGCGUGUGGUACAAGAGCUUCGUCGCAAUGGUAUCCAGCCACCUGUCAUGAUCAGCGACUACGCUGGCAGUCGAGGCCUCAGCCCUGUCAGGUCGAGGUCACGGAGUCCUGGCAGAUCAUUCAGCCCCAGUGCACGGCCGCGCUCUCGCUCUCGAAGCCGAUCACCGGGUGUUCGGUUCCACAGCAGUGUGACGGACACCUCGGUUCACAACAGCAGCCGCCGGAGCUACCUGGGUGAUGAGGACUACUCUGUGACCACGCCAAAGUCCAGCUCCUACACUCAGGACAUCCUCUAGCCUACUCCACCUCUGUGAUGAUGACUGACAACCAUAGUGACCUGACACCCCCCCC